CUAAUACAUCUCGGAUCCUUAAUAUAAACCAUUGGUCACCGGAUUGCUUUGUUUGCCCCGCCAGUCUCUCUCUGCUUGUAUGUUUGGCUCCCGAGAAACUGUGGGAAAAUAACCGGCGUGAGAAAGUGAAAUGAAAAAGAGAAAAAAAUUGAAACAUAAUAAAGUACUUCUCUCUUUAACUUUCCGUGACAGCUAAAAAGAAAAAAAAGAAUAAAGAAGAUAUCUCACGAAUCUCGCUGAGAGCCUCUCAUUUCUACACUUUCAUAAGCUUUUUAAGUGAAGUUUUUCAUUUUUUUUACGUUCGGAUUUUAUUUUUUAUUAAAUAGAGUAAUUAAAAUUAAAAAAAUGGCGGUUUCAUCGCUUCAGCUCUUACACUGCCCGAGUCCGUACUACAGUACGGCCUCUAAGGCGCAAUCCUUUCUUGCUUCUAUAAGUACAUUUUGCUGUUCGUCUUCGGAGUUUAAUUCAUGUGGUUUUCGAGCUUCUAUGGUGUCGUUUUGUACUCGGUCUCAAAAUUUGGCGGUUGUGAGAGGCAAAAAACAGAGAACUGACAAUGAUUCUCUUAUUGACAAUUCUGUGGACAGUAUUGACGAUAAUCAGGUUUCAGAUAUACCUGUAGAGGUCUACGAGCGUGAUUUUACUGGAACAGCUUAUGUUCCUGUAUACGUAAUGUUACCUCUUGGUGUCAUCAAUAUGAAUUGUGAGUUGGUUGAUCCUGAGGGUCUUUGGAAUGGGCUAAAGAUCCUGAAAUCAGCUAAUGUUGAUGGUGUUAUGAUUGAUUGCUGGUGGGGAAUAGUAGAAGGUAAUGCUCCACAGGUUUAUGACUGGAGUGGCUACAAGAGGCUCUUUCAAAUUGUGAAUGAACUUAAGCUUAAGUUGCAGGUUGUUAUGUCAUUUCAUGAAUGUGGAGGCAAUGUUGGUGAUGAUGUACAUAUUCCACUCCCACAUUGGGUGACAGAAAUUGGUCAAACCAAUCCUGACAUCUAUUUCACAGAUAGAGAAGGAAGGCGCAAUACUGAAUGCCUGACCUGGGGAAUUGGUAAAGAGCGCGUCUUGAAAGGCCGCACUGCUGUUGAGGUUUACUUUGAUUAUAUGAGAAGCUUCCGGGUAGAGUUUGAUGAGUUUUUUGAAGAUGGAAUGAUCUCUGAGAUCGAAGUUGGAUUAGGUCCCUGUGGAGAGUUACGCUAUCCCUCAUAUCCGGCAAAGCAUGGGUGGAGAUAUCCUGGUAUUGGUGAAUUCCAGUGUUAUGACAAGUACUUAAUGAGGAGUCUGAGCAAAGCGGCAGAAGCGAGAGGACACUCAUUUUGGGCUAGAGGUCCAGAUAAUGCAGGUUUUUAUAAUUCUGCUCCACAUGAGACCGGGUUUUUCCGAGAUGGAGGUGAUUACGAUAGCUACUAUGGCAGAUUCUUCCUGAAUUGGUAUUCUCGAGUUUUAAUUGAUCAUGGUGACCGUGUACUUGCUCUGGCCAAUUUAGCUUUUGAAGGCACAUGCAUUUCUGCUAAGGUAUCAGGUAUUCAUUGGUGGUACAAAACAGCUAGUCAUGCUGCUGAAUUGACAGCUGGGUUCUACAAUCCUUCAAAUCGUGAUGGCUAUGCUCCGAUUGCAGCAAUGUUAAAUAAGCAUGGGGUUGGUCUUAACUUCACAUGUGUUGAAAUGCGCACAUUGAAUCAGAAUGAAGACUUUCCUGAGGCUUUGGCAGAUCCCGAGGGAUUAGUUUGGCAGGUGCUGAAUGCUGCAUGGGAUGCUUGCAUACCAGUUGCCAGUGAGAAUGCUCUUCCUUGCUAUGACAGAGAGGGUUGUAACAAGAUAUUGGAAAAUGCCAAACCCUUGGAAGAUCCAGAUGGUAGACAUUUAUCAGUUUUUACCUAUCUCAGGCUCAGCGCUGUUCUGAUGGAGAGGCAUAAUUUCAUAGAGUUUGAACGAUUUGUCAAGAGAAUGCAUGGGGAAGCAGUUUGAGAAUGGAAGUUAUGCUGAACCUUAUUGACGGAUAAUGGCAUUGCUCUGCCUAUGACUUGAAAAUCUCUCUAUGCGUUGUAAAAUCCAAAGGAAUAUGAUAAUUAAGUAGUAAAAUUUAUAUCUAAUAAUGUAAAAACGUUGAAUAUCUAUAUUCCUACAGACUUGAGCUGCAAAUUCGCCCUCCUUUCGCUUCUCAAGAGAUCUUCAACCACUGGUGGUAGCUAUCAUUGUACUUAUUUGUUUUCCAUUCAAUAAUUUCUUUCUUGAUAAA